AUGGAUCAGAAUGGGCGUCCGGCUGUUCAGGUCGUCGUAAACGGUCAUUCACAGCCUCAGCGGGCUUAUGGAUCCAAUAUGUCUCUUCAGAAUCAGUCUCGGUCGCUGUCUGUGGAUGAGGCGCUGCAGUAUUCGCCCAUGUCUAGCGCUCCUGUCUUUGGCUUUGACUGUGUCAUACGCCCCGAUGUUGGCAGACCAUCAACUACCACCUCCAUGAAUCAUGUUCUGCAAGCUGGUCGUAACACUCUUAGUGAGCUAGACGCGGAGAUUCAGUCAGGGCAGGACGAGUCAAGUCGUUUGGAAACAUCACGGGAAUACUUACAACAAUUGCUGGAUGGAGAGCAGCUGACUGAAUUCAAAUUCAAGUUACCUCCUAUCAUUAGCCGUGGCCAAUCUAUACGUCCAAACGAUGCCGAUACCCUUCAAAAAAGUCGCAACCAGCUUGGCGCAUUUGCGCGCAUGAUGCUUGAUUCCACCGACAUUGCAUACAGAUAUCCCAAUACUUCGCCUCCGAAGGUGAAGACGGAGAAAAAGCCAGCUAAGAAGACAUCGGUCUCGAAAUACGCAGCUUCCCUGAACGAGCAGGCAAUUCAGUCAAAUCGAUCAACCUCGACUUCAUAUCAACCGUCGCCCUCCUCGAGCCAAAUUGCCGUGGUAAUCCCGGUCAAAUCUACACCUACAAAGCCAAGCCAGCCCAAGAAAUCACAGCUCAAUAUCCCGGGUUACGACACAAUGACAGCCGUGCAUCUGAAGGACCAAAAAGCAGAGGCGGACGAAGCCCUGCUGAAACUGCAGGAUCUACUUCACGAGGUAUUCGAGGCGGAGGAUCAGAUCGAACCAGACUCCACAUUUGUUCCAACUUCCGACAGACCGAACCCUAUAUUUGUGAACGCGAGAUCGUUAGAAGUGCACGCAGCGGUUCUCUCGAAUGAUGCCCAUAACCGGAUCCAGAGAGGUAUACGGAGAGUAACUGGUUUCGACAGACUGCAGGACAUUCCAUCGGAUUACCUCAACAGGAUUCGGAAGCUCUGUGAAAAGCCCAUAGUGGCGGCUCAGGCUCCAGAUCUCAGUUUGAAUGACUCGUCAAGUGAAACUGAAGCGCAAGAGUGGGGGGACAAGAUCGAGGAUAUGCUGAAUGCUUUGCUCGCCGUUGGAACUCUUCUUCAGACCAUGUCAGGUCGUCAAACUGAGAGAGAGCUUUGCCCGGAAGAUCUAAUUGAAGCCAUUCCAACCGUGUUAAAUCAAGCCUUUGAUCACUGCAUCAUCCCUGCUGUCGAGGCGCGGUCUGGAGGCAAAGACUCCGAGUAUUUCUCUUUCUACUCAAAUCAAAAACGACUCAUCGGAAGCCUGAUCCAUCAAAGCAAGAAGGUGCUCGCCCUUUUCUCGGAAUUCUUGUCUCGAAUCGAAAUUCCAGAAAGUACAGUUACGGCAGUCGAGUUCUUUGCUGCCAAGCUUAUCUUUGUUGAAAAUGCCUACAAUGACAAGGAUUCGACCAUUGGAUAUCAAAAAUUUGAGCCGGCAAGACGAGGGGCCAUGGAUGUCCUCGCCAAAAUUUUCUCCAAGUAUCCUGAUCAACGUCCCUACAUCUUGGAUGAAAUUCUUGGCUCGUUGGAGAAACUUCCAUCUACACGCCAGAGUGCAAGACAAUUCAAACUUGCAGAUGGCAAAAACAUCCAGCUCCUCACUGCACUGGUGCUCCAACUGGUGCAAACCACUGCGUUGGAAUCACCAAGUUCGUCCAAAACCAAGCGUCGUCUGCAAGCUCAGGCCGAUGGUGAUGACGAUGAAUCGAUGGGUGAGGGCGAAGGUAAGAAAAUUACAGACCUCGAGGACGAAGAUGAGCUCGACAAUUCCUUGGAGCUCUUGGCGGCCAAGGUCAAUAGACUAUAUGACAAUGCGGUCCGCAGUGCGCAGUACAUCGUGAAAUUUAUAGUUCAGCGUGCUAUGACAUCAACCAAAAGCGGCGAUCAACCCUACCGAAACAUUCUUGACCUUUUCACUGAAGACUUAAUUAACGUCCUUGGGUCCACUGAUUGGCCUGCCGCCGAGCUUCUCCUUCGAAUCAUGGCAUCGCAAAUGGUUGGAAUCGCGGAUCAGGACAAAAGUCCGGCCACUGCAAAGAGCAUGGCUCUAGAGCUUCUAGGGUGGAUGGGCUCUGCCAUUUCUGAUCUGAUUGCGACUGCCCAGCACAUGCUUCCUGCUUUGGAAGACUCCGAAAGUGAUCUCACAGAGGAGCUCAAGCAGCAGUUUGAGGAAUUCUCCUCUCGAGCAUUGCAUCCACAAGACUUGAUCGCUCCAAGGGGCCCUUAUCGCAUGGCCCUUGAAUAUCUCUCCCAAGACAGAAACUCCGACAACUCACAAAUCGCCAGUGCACGUGGCUACUACUUGGCCCAUUGGGCGAAGAAUGUCUGCAACUUAUUCUAUAACUCAAAUGACAAGGAAGAUUUGACUCAUGACCAAAUGACCGAUGAGUUGGUGGUUCUUCUUUCAAGAUCAUUCUCCGAUUCUCGCUGGCUCGAGACUCACAGACAAUUUGACACUAUAUCCAACGUCCACGGGCGAUUUGCGUAUGUCCUUACAGUGCUCAACUCGAGCUUUGGCAAGGCUCUCGACACAAUUCUCAAGGUUCUAUUGAAUUCUAUCGGCAGUGACCAAGCCAAGGUUCGCAGCCGAAGCUUGAAAAGUGUUAUCUACAUGCUGGAGAAAGAUCCAAACCUUCUUGACCGAGAUGCAGCAGUCAUGCACCUGAUUCUUCGCUGCACAACAGAUGCGUCGCCUAUGGUCCGUGACUCUGCCUUAUCCCUGAUUGCGAAAUGCAUCGCGCUUAGACCGAAGCUUGAAGAAGAAGGCUGCCGCAGCAUUCUCGCCUGUGCAGCUGAUCAAACCGCUGGUGUUCGGAAGCGCUGCAUUAGCCUGCUUAAAGAGCUUUACCACAAAACGCAUCGGCAUGAAUUGAAGUUGGCUAUCCUUGACAGCUUCCUCCAGCGCACUGGCGAUCAUGACGAUACCGUGGCCACGGCGGCUCGUCAGACUUUUGAAGAAAUCUGGCUGGUUCCUUUCCACGAGUCUAUUGAUUCUACCUCAGAUGGACCAAAGCUGAAGAUGGCUCUUGGGGAGCAGGUCGGCUUGAUUGUCGGUCUCGUUCAACGCAGCGAUACCGCUCUCGAUUCACUUAGCAUUUGCCUCAAGGCUGUGCUUUCAGAAAAAUCGAAGUCUGCGUCGAUGAACUUCAAGGUCUGUAAGUCCAUGAUUUCCAUCAUGUUCCAAAGACUAGUUGAAGACGCAGAUGCUUCUGGCAAGGUGUUCCAGCAGGCUCUCCUUCAGACAAUCACCGUGUUCGCAAGGUCGGAUGCGAAGUUGUUCACACCAGAUCAGUUGGAGGCUCUACACCCGUACAUCGGCAACCUUGCUACCGCAGAUGAUCUUUUUAUCUUCCGAUCCGUCGUGGUGAUCUACCGCUGCGUCUUGCCAGAGAUUUCUUCUUCGCACAACACUCUGCUCAAGGAGGUACAGAAUGACCUUUUCAAGAGCGUUGCCAAGCUAGCUCGUUCAGAGCUCAACGAAGUGAUGGCUUGUUUGUGGACAAUAAACGGCGUGUUGAAAAACACCGACAGAUUGGUCAAACUGACAGUUUCCGUGCUCAAGCCUUUGCUACAAUACAAGAGCGUUGAUCUUUCAGCAGAGACGAACGCCCAAGUCGCGAAUCGAGCCAAAAGCUAUAUUCGUAUUGCGGGCUGCGUUGGUCGUCACUGCGACCUUGAAAGCUAUGCCAAUCACUUCAAGGCCCAAUUCCCCACAUCGGGCGGCAAGAGCGUGGCUGAUCUCAUGGUGGACUCAAUCCUGCCGUUCACAUAUUCUAAUCAGCCUACGGAUUUAAGGGUCAUGGCUCUUGAAAGCCUGGGAGCCAUUUGCCAGUCUUGGCCAGCCCAGUUUGGACGCGAACCUGCCCGUAAGACCUUUUCUCAAGUUUUCAAGGAAGACGCUCCAACACUGCAUAACAUCGUCCUUCGUUCAUUCUCAGACUUCUUUGCCAUGCACGAGGGCAAAUCUGAAAAGAACAUGCAAAUCUCGAAGGCAGAAUCACAGGAAGAAUCGACCAGAUUAGGAGGUUCACUGAAAGCUAGUGAUAAUGAUGGCGCAGCGGCGUUAAUCGCCCAACACUUCCUCAAGAACAUGGUUCAAGUGGCACAGUCGCGACAGGAUGCCUAUUCGCUUACUGCCAUUGAGCUUAUUGCAAGUAUCAAUCGACAAGGGUUGGUGCAUCCCAAGGAAUGUGCCGGCGUUCUUGUGUCUUUGGAGACAUCGACGGUGCCAGCAAUUUCCAAGAUUGCCUUCGACACUCACAAGCAGCUCCACCAGCAGUACGAAUCAAUGUUUGAGAGAGAGUACAUGCGGUCGGUACAGGAGGCCUUCUACUAUCAACGUGAUGUUGUGGGCGACUCGAAUGGUGCGACCGCUCGACCUUACGUCUCGAAGCUGGCUCCGUUGUUCGAAAUCGUCAAGAUCAGUAACAGCCGUUAUCAGAAGAAGUUCCUAUCCAAUCUCUGUUCCAAGGUCAAUUUUGAUCUUAAGAAACUCGUCGUGGAAGGAGAUCCUCCCGAACACCUUUUGCUGGCUCGCUUCAUCUCUCAGAACCUGGCCUUUUUCGAUUAUGGACAGCUUGCUGAAGUGGUGCCCACCAUUGCUGUCAUGGAACGCAUUGUGUCAUCUACCGGUACCGUCAUCGCUCAUGCCAUCGACACCGAUCUGUUCCCUACUCCCAUCGGACCGCCAGUGAUUGACACCCCUGCUGGUAUGGUUGGGCUUCCUCCGGAUCUGCAAAUGCAAAUGAUGCAGAUGCAAAUGCCAUUGCCGCCAAGCACCCAUCAGCAAGUUGACCCGCUCACUCUCCGGCGAUUGGCUACGGCUGCGGCAUCCCUGUCAAUGAUCUGGGAAGCACGGACCUAUCUACGCCGUCUGUACUCUAUUCAUUCUCACACAAAGGACAAAGACAGUAAGCCUGCCACCAAAGAGCUGAACAAGACUGCGACCAAGGUGCAUGGUGUGACAGGAGACAAGUUUUGGGAAGCUAUUAUCAAAAACAUGGCUUCCCUGAACAGCGAGGAAGCUAUGCUGAGCAAGUGUCGCGAGUUCUCCACUUUGCUGGCAAUCGAUGAAGAGCUCAGAGUGGACCGCCACGACGACGCGGAUGGUGAUCUCGACGCACCUGGUGAUCUUGAUGAUAUGACCAACCUUGGUGGAUCACGUCCUAUGAAACGCAAGAGUUCCUUCUCGGGUACCGGGCUCAACAAACGGCCGAAGAGUCGGAAAGGCUCCGUCGGUAAGAAGCUAAGUGCCGAACCGGAUAGCUGGGAUUGA